AUGGCGACAGCUGAACAGAGGUUUGAUGACGGUUCUUUUGAAGGAAUUAAGAAGAUAUUCGUUGGAGAUGACUCAAGUUACGGCGUGAUAUUUCUCAAAGUAAUCUAUGAUAGAAGCGAUGGCCAAACGAUAGAAGUGCAGCACGGCACUGACACGGGGAACGCAGAAGAGUUCGUAUUUGACUACCCUACCGAAUACAUAACCUCGGUAAACGGGACGGAAGGUCACUUCUUGGAGUUAAGAAGUCUUUUCUUCAUAACUUCUGCCGGGAGGACUUCUAGGAAAUUCGGUACGCGGGAGCCAGUGCAUCUUGAAGUUCUUUUUCAACUAACGGGUUCUGAGGUGACGCCUGCCGUCGUGGGCUUCCAUGGGAGGCUCGGUGAAGGGAUCCUUAAACUAAAAGUUCAUCUCGGUCCUGCGCCACCACAAAAGCUAGACGCAGUAGGUAGGUCUGGAGGAUCAAUCUGGAGUGACGAAAAGCACGAGGACGUGAAGAGGAUUCGUGUUGGAAGAGGAACAUCAGCUGGGAUCUCAUUCAUUGAAGUUAUCUACCGGGAUGGCAACAGAGAAUUCUCCGGAGGAGUCCACGGAGAUGAAGUAAAGCAGGAUUACAUAGAAGAGUUUGACUUGGAGGGGGAUUUCCUCGUCUCCGUGGUCGUUUAUAUGACCAGCAUCUGGGAACAGUAUGAACGUAUAACGGCGCUCGAAUUUAAGACAUACACCGGAAAGAGUAUGUUCUGUGGAGUGAUCUCCUCUAGAUUACAGACGUACUCCUUCGACGCCUACAAAAUCGUUGGGUUCCACGGACGGUCAAGCAGCGAAGUCCUACGCGCUCUGGGCGUCUUCGUAUCUUUUCCAUCAGUUCCGAAGUUGUGUGGUCAAUGGAUGGAGAUUGUGCCAAAGGGAGCGAGCCCUGGACCAAGGCGCUCAAAAGCCAUAGCCCAAGUCGGAGAGAAGAUAUACUCGUUUGGUGGAGAGAUCAGCUGCGACCAAGAAAUGCAUGUCUUCAACUAUGCAACAAAGAAUUGGUCAACUGUUCCGGCCACAGGACAGGCACCGGACUUCGCUUGCGUUGGGGCAAGUAUGGUGCCUAUAGGAUCGACGCUUUAUGUGUACGGAGGCGAAGACCGUUCGGGUAAAUACAGCGGCUUUCACUCUUUUGACACCAUUAAAAACGAGUGGAAACUUCUAGAAGACAAAAAUAUUACUCCUCGUAGCUUUCAUUCCAUGGUAGCGUUUGAGGGAAAGCUCUAUGUCUUUGGGGGAGUCAGUAGCAGGGGUCGUCGGCUCAAGACAAUGGCCGUCUACGACCCCGCUACAAAUAACUGGUUAGAGAAUCCGGCCCCGGAUAGUUCCUUCGUCCCAAGUGAAGGAGCACUUGUAGUGGUGGAAGGAGCACUCAUAGUGGUGUCAAAUGAUGUUUACUGCUACGAUGCAGCAACAAAGACGUGGAAAAAAUUGCAGACGUCAGGCGAGAAGCCUUGCCUGAGGCGUGGCUUUGCUAGUGGCGGAGUUUUCGGGGAAAAGUACAUAUUGCUAUUUGGAGGUGAAACGACUGAUGGUCAAGCGGUCGGUGGUUUAUUUUCCUUGAACUUGUCCACAUUAAAGUGGGAGCGUGUGGACAAGUUCAAUGCAGAGGACAGUCCUAGUCCCCGGGCGUGGUGCGCAUCAACAACCUUCAACCUGGGUGGCAAGGAGGGGAUUCUACUGUUGGGUGGGACGACGCGCACUGGUGCCAUAUGUGACGACUUUUUCCUAUACCAAGUCGUGUCAACCUAA